AUGGACAAAAGAUGGGGACUCACCCUUGAUUCCUCUUCCUCUCAAUCCCUCUCAUUAUUGCCUUCCAAACAAUCUCCCUCUUCUUUCUCCAAACUCACCAACGACACCAUGUUCCCUCUCCUCGGAUUCCCCGUUAAUCUUAGCCGCCCCACCGCCAAGGAAGACGAACACGACCGCAAAGUCGUCGGUGAAGUCGACUUCUUCUCUGAUAGAAUCACCAAACCAACACCCCCACCCUCCCACGACCAACACGUUAAACCCAACAUCGUCAAGAAGGAAAUUGUUGAAACCCCUCUCCACGUUAAUACUGGUUUACAACUCCUUACUGCUAACACCGGGAGUGACCAAUCUACCGUCGAUGAUGGGGUUUCAUCGGAUGCAGAAGAUAAGCGAGCCAAAACCACUGAGCUUGCACAGAUGCAAGUGGAGCUUCAACGCAUGAACGCAGAGAACAAGAAGCUGAAAGAGAUGCUGAGCCAUGUGAGCGGUAACUACACGGCCUUGCAGAUGCAUCUUAUGACAUUAAUGCAACAGAACCAGCACACCGAGAGCACAGAAAAUGAGGUUGUCCAGGGAAAGACCGAGGAUAAAAACCAUGGUAUUGGUGGAGGAAAGGUUCCAAGGCAGUUCCUUGAUAUAGUUCCCAGUGGCACGGCCGAAGUAGAUGAUCAAGUGUCCGAUUCUUCUUCCGAUGAAAGAACACGAUCGAGCACACCUCAGAACAAUAACAUUGAAGUUGGAGCAAGAGAUGAUGCGAGAAAUAUUAAUGGCAAAAGAGAGUUGGGUAGGGAAGAGAGUCCAGACUCAGAAUCACAAGGUUGGGCUUCCAAUAAGCUUCAGAAAAAUAACCCUUCCAAUGGUAUGGAUCAGUCCACUACCGAAGCCACAAUGAGAAAAGCUCGUGUCUCAGUUCGUGCCCGAUCAGAAGCUCCCAUGAUCAGCGAUGGGUGCCAAUGGCGAAAGUAUGGACAAAAAAUGGCCAAGGGAAACCCAUGUCCUCGAGCAUAUUAUAGAUGCACUAUGGCAGUGGGUUGCCCAGUUCGCAAACAAGUUCAACGUUGUGCGGAGGAUAGAACAAUUUUGGUGACAACAUAUGAAGGUACACAUAACCAUCCGCUGCCACCUGCUGCUAUGGCCAUGGCAUCAACCACUACAGCUGCUGCUAGCAUGUUGCUGUCAGGGUCAAUGUCCAGUGCAGACGGAAUAAUGAACCCAAAUUUGCUAGCCAGAGCAAUUCUUCCUUGCAAUUCUAGCAUGGCAACACUUUCAGCUUCAGCACCAUUUCCAACCGUGACUUUGGACCUCACACACAACCCAAACCCAUUACAAUUUCAAAGACAAGCUGCCCCAUUCCCAGUACCCUUCCUCCAAGGGCAGCCUCAGAACUUUGGGUCCGGAGCCACCCCAAUUUCACAAGCACAAUCACUUUAUAAUCAAUCAAAAUUCUCUGGUCUUCAGCUAUCUCAGGAAGUAGGAUCUUCCCACUUGGCCCCACAAGCUCCUAGACCACCCUUACAGCCAAGCCAGCAACCCUCGCAGGCUGAUACAGUCAGUGCCGCCGCCGCCGCAAUCACCGCCGAUCCAAACUUCACCGCCGUCCUUGCCGCUGCCAUCUCCUCCAUCAUAGGCGGUGCUCAUAAUGCAAACAACAACACCAAUAACAACAACAGCACAAGCAGGACUACCAUUAGCAGCUUUUCAGGAAACUGA